AGUGGUCUCCAUGCCCAAAAACUAUAACAGACUAAAAGCAAAAGCUCCUCCAUGUUUGGCUUUGCAAACCAAUUUAGAUUCCUACCAAAAUGGAGGCUGGUCUUGCAUGUUAUGCCCACGGAGGUUUUCUUCCUAAUAUUUCAUCUCAGCAUUCAGCCUCUCUAGUACUGUCUUCUCCAUCCAUCUCUCCAUCUUUCAACUCAAAGGUUCUGAAACCAAGCUCGCUAUUUGGCGAAUCCUUACGUACGGUGCCAAAAUCAUCAAUAAAGGUUUUAAGAACAAAGAGUUCUCUGUUACCCAGAUGUGAGAUUGGAGAUAGUUUGGAAGAAUUCCUAACGAAAUCAAUCCCUGAUAGAGGACUGAUUGCAUUGUUGCUCUCCAUGGGAGAAGCAUUAAGGACCAUUUCCUUCAAAGUAAAGACAGCUUCAUGUGGUGGAACGGCUUGUGUGAAUUCCUUUGGAGACGAGCAGCUUGCUGUGGAUAUGCUUGCCGAUAAGCUUCUUUUUGAGGCAUUAACUUACUCACACUUCUGCAAGUAUGCUUGUUCUGAAGAAGUUCCUGAGCUCCAAGACAUGGGAGGCCCAGUUCAAGGUGGAUUCAGUGUGGCUUUUGAUCCACUUGAUGGAUCCAGUAUUGUGGACACAAAUUUCACCGUGGGGACUAUUUUUGGGGUGUGGCCUGGAGAUAAGCUAACUGGGGUAACAGGAAGAGAUCAAGUUGCUGCAGCCAUGGGGAUUUAUGGUCCAAGAACUACUUACGUUCUUGCUCUUAAAGACGUCCCCGGAACCCAUGAAUUCCUUCUUUUGGAUGAAGGAAAAUGGCAGCAUGUUAAGGAAACAACAGAAAUUGUUGAAGGAAAGCUUUUCUCUCCUGGAAAUCUGAGAGCUACAUUUGACAACCCUGAAUACAACAAGCUUAUCAACUUUUAUGUCAAGGAGAAAUACACUUUGAGAUACACUGGUGGAAUGGUUCCGGAUGUUAACCAGAUUAUUGUAAAAGAGAAGGGUAUUUUCACAAAUGUGACAUCCCCAACUUCCAAGGCCAAGCUAAGACUGCUGUUUGAAGUAGCCCCUCUGGGUUUCUUGAUUGAAAAAGCUGGAGGUUAUAGCAGUGAUGGCACUCAAUCAGUGCUAGACAAAGUGAUAAAAAAUCUUGAUGACAGAACCCAAGUUGCUUAUGGAUCCAAAAAUGAGAUUAUCCGGUUUGAAGAAACUCUAUAUGGAUCCUCCAGGCUCAAGGAGGCAGUUCCUGUUGCUGCUUAGAUUAUUUUCUACUUCCCAGUUCCUACAAUUUUUCCCCUUUUUUCCUUAAUUUGCAAGAAAACAUUUUAAAAUAUCCUAAUAUUGAAGUUUGUAUCAUAUAUAGUGCAUGAAAUGAAGUUAAAUGAAGACUUAGAAACACAAGGUUGAAGAUUUUCAUGUUAAGACGUUUUAAAAAACAAAAAAAGUCAAGCCAAAAGUCAUAAUUGUAAUUA